AUGCCAAAGCUCACGAAGCCGCUAGAUGGCAAACGCCUCCCAUUGCUGCUGCUCCACCCCUGGCGUAAAUCACUGAGUGAUGAAGAAAACCUGAAGCUGUUUGGGAAAUGCAACAAUCCAAAUGGCCAUGGACACAACUAUAAAGUUAUAGUCACUGUGCGUGGAGAGAUUGACCCAGUCUCAGGAAUGGUUAUAAACCUGACAGACCUGAAAGCAUAUAUGCAGGAGGCGAUCAUGGAGCCACUUGACCACAAAAACCUGGAUAAAGAUGUGCCGUACUUUGCUGAGGUUGUGAGCACCACAGAGAACGUUGCAGUAUUCAUCUGGGAAAACCUCAAGAAGCUCCUGCCCAUGGGAACUCUUUAUAAAGUCAAAGUGUAUGAAACAGACCAGAACAUUGUCAUUUAUAAAGGAGAAGAAACAAUCUCUGAGAAGUAA